ACAGACUUGUCGCAGGGAAAUGACGUCACGCAACAAUGGCGUCAUGGCGGCUCUGCAAUCCAAAUGUGCGAGCUUUCUCUUUCCUAGCAUUUUCUGUGUUGUUCCACUCCUCUGAAUGCAUACAUUUGAAGCCACCCAACAGGAAGUGAUGCCUCAGAUUGGCGAUCCGAAGAUGGCGUUUGCCCACCUGCGCCCAGCGUGUGUCCUGCUGAGCCGCCAGCCCACGCUCCACAAUGUGGAGACCUUGAGCGGCCAGCUGAGAGAGGUGGAGCACGCCACCUUGCAGCAGCUCCAAGACUACGUCCUCUUCCCGCUGCGCCUGGUGCUGAAGGGCGGUGGCGGGGCCAAGAAGGAGAAGGUGGUGCAAGCUGUGGUGGAAACUAUGACCCAGGUGCUGGAGAAGACUUGUGUCCAGAGCUGGGAGACACUGCGCCAGCUUUUCUCAGAGCUUUGUCUCUGCCUGUGUUCUCCAUGCGACCCCGGGAAGCCUGCAGAUACGUCGGAGGAGCUGAAGCUCGCCGUGCUGCGAUGCCUGGACGCUCUGCUACACGCGGCCUACGGCGACAUUGUCUUCAAACUCUUCCAGGCGGCCAUGCUGCCCGGCUUGGGGGCCGCCGUGUCAUUGCUGCUGGCAGUGGCUGAGAAGGACACCUGCCGAGACGUCCGGGCGGCGGCCUUGAAGAGCCUCCAGGCGCUGACCAUGCAGUGCGACUGCAGUCAGGAUCACGUAGUGCCUUGCUCAGAGGAGAGGGAAGCGCUGGGCGCCAGCUUUGCCUCCUUCUUACCUGGAAUCGCUAGCAGCGUCGCCAGGAUGGUCACAGGAGACGUGAGGCAAGGCCAUGCCGUGACCGUAAGGGCCAUCAAGGUUUGGUCCAGGACUGUCAGUCUGGUCAUGGAAGACGCUCAGCUUCAGUCCAUCGAGCCUCAGAAGUCCUCCCGGGCACACCUGAGCAAGCUGGAGCAGCUGAUGGUCCAUCGCACGCAAGACUGGGUGAAGAAGACCUCGGGGAGGCUGUGCGUGCUCCUGAAGAAGAUCAUCUCCAGCACGGUGGCCCAUCAGCACUGGAGGGUUCGUCUGGAGGUGCUGGAGCUGGCGGACCACCUGCUGGAGAGGUGUGGUGGGUCUCUGGGCCAAUGUGUGGGUCUGCUGCUGGAGGUGCUGGUGGGGGCCGUCAAUGAUGUGGAUCCCAGAGUCCGAGAGAGGUGUGAGCUUGCUCUGAGAGCGGCUUCUCAGACAAUUCAGACGUCUUCCAAGGCCAAGGAUAGUGAAAGUAAAAGCAGCUUCACCGACGUCCUAUCGGAGAACCUGCACUCUCUGGCCUCGUCCUUGCCCAGGCUGAUGCGCACCUGUGAUGACCAGAAGAAGCUCUUUGUCCUCAACGUCCUCCUGGGUUAUCUCAAGCUGCUGGGACCGCUGGUGUCUGUGGUCCUCAACUCAGCCGUGCAUCUUCACAGGAUCUCCAAAGCCCUCAUGCAGGUGCUGGAUUUGGACGUGACGGACGUUCGUAUUGUAGAAGAACGAGGUCACGGUGCCCUGAUAGGAACAGGCUCCGGUUCUCUGCACUGCGUUGACGUCCGAAGGAAGCGUUUCCUCUUCUUCACCGAUGACGCCAUCUUCUCCGUGCUCACAGAAAUCUGUCAGACCUUAGGUUUCUAUGGCAACAUUUAUUUGCUGACUGACCACUUUUUGGACCUGUAUCGCCAGUCCUCGGUGUACAGGAAGCAGGCCGCCAUUGUUCUAAACCAGAUCAUCCGAGGUGCUGCAGAGGAAAGGUCUUCUGCUUCCCAAGAAGACCUUAAAGCUUCUGUCAUGUUGGUCCUGGAAGAAUACAUCAGCCUGAACAACUGGCAUGUGAACAUGGUCGCCGAGGACUCUGGCAGCCAUGGACAGGACCAGAAGGUGAAGAACAACUGGCAUGUGAACAUGGUCGCCGAGGACUCUUGCAGCCAUGGACAGGACCAGAAGGUGAAGAACAACUGGCAUGUGAACAUGGUCGCCAAGGACUCUGGCAGCCAUGGACAGGACCAGAAGCUCCUGAUGUUCUCCAUGACCCACACUCCUCAGCCUUCCUCCUCCUCCAUGGCCACCCUGCGCCAGCUCAACAGCAACAUCUGGCAGGUGUGCAUCCAGCUGGAGGGCGUGGCAUGCUUGGCUCAGGCCCUCGGGCGGGACUUCCGUCCCCUGCUGAUGACAUCACUGUACCCUGUGCUGGAGAAAGCAGGGGAGGAGACGCUCCUCAUCGGCCAAGCGGCGCUCAACGCCAUGUGGGCCAUCAGCGAGGCCUGCGGGUACUCGUCUCUCAAGGACAUGAUCGCUGAAAACUCCGACUACCUGCUUAACGACAUCUCCCUCAACCUGCAGAGGCUCGGCCAGCAUCCACAGGCUCCAGGUGUGCUGACGGUGAUGUUGAGACACAGUGAGUGCUCUCAGCUGCCUCUAAUGGCAGACCUGCUCCAUGACGUGUUGAUGGCCCUGGACCUCAACUAUCAACACAUGGCUGCUACCUUCUGUUCUGUACUCUACUCUCUGAUGACAUCACUAGCAAAGUGGUUUCCCUCCAGUUGCAACAGGACCAAAAAGUCUUGUAGAAGCCAGCAGAUCUCUGCUGACCAGGACGUUUUUGAUGUCCGCCACUUCCUGCUGGACUACCGCAAGCAGAAAGAUCUGGCAGAGGGCCUUGGAAUGAGGCAAGAUGACCUUGAUGGUAUGGCUGGAAUGCGGCAAGAUGACCUUGAUGAGGAGAACUAUGAUGGCGGUGGUCCCGAGGAGAAAGCGGACCUUCCCUUGGCCCCUCCCCCCGCAGAGGACGAUGAUGACUAUGAUGGUGGUAGUCCCGAGGAGAAAGCGGACCUUCCCUUGCACCUGAGCAUGAGCAAAGAAGUGAUGGAGCGAUGUAUUCACCUGCUGUCUGACUCCAGUCUGCAGCUACGACUCAAGGUACUGGAUGUACUGCAGCUGUGUAUUAGUGUACUUGCUGAGAGGGAAGAUGACUUGUUGCCCCUGGCCCAUCGCUGCUGGCCCCCCCUUUUGCAGAGACUGACCGCUGAUGACCCCCUAGUUGUCCUCCAAGCCUUUAGGGUGCUGUGUACCCUGGCUGCCAGCUGUGGAGACUUCCUGCGGAGCAGAGUGUCCAAGGAGCUUGUGCCAAAGCUGAGCUCCUGGUUGACCCAGCAGGCUGGCAUCAGUGCCCAGGCAACACCCGUCUACUGCCAGUCUCUGGCCUACAGGAUGCAGCUGCUGCUCCUGGAGGGUCUGGGCUCCCUGUGCCAGAGCUUAGACCUGGAUGAAGCAGACUUGCAUGCAGUGAGUGAAGCGUGUCUUCCCUACCUGAGCUGCAGACAACCUGUCAGACUGCAACAGGCGUGUUUGAGAUGUUUCCAGAAGAUGAUCCAAGUGGAUCCAGACACUUUGUGGCUGACCCUCACUGAGCUGCACUGCUACCUCCCACACCCCCCACACCCCCACCUGCACCCCCUGCAGCUGAGGGGGAUGGGCAGACCGAGAGACGAGUACUCGGACAAUGUCCUGCACCUGCUGAGGGAGAACUUUGACCACUGAUGUGAAGAAGAGCUUGGACACAACACGUUUAUAUAUGUCAGAAAUGAUGGAACAACAUUUUUACCCACCGGAAUAAAAUGUU